GUUGGCGGAACGGAAGAAGAAUGAAGGGAACGACCUGUACAAGAACAAGGACUACAGAGAAGCCCUCAAGCUCUACACCCAGGCCAUUGACCUGUGUCCAGAUUGUGCGGCUUACUUUAGCAAUCGGUCAGCAUGUUACAUGAUGCUUGGCAAGUAUUAUGAAGCUCUCAAUGAUGCCAGAGAAGCUGUGCGUUUAGACACAUCCUUUGUAAAGGGCUACCUUCGUGUUGCAAAGUGUAAUAUAGCCCUUGGUGAUGCCACUGCAGCACUCUCAGUCCUGCGACAAGCAAACGAACUAGAACCCAACAAUAAGGCCCUACGAGAAGAGACAAGUAAAGCCCAGAGCCUCGUUCGAUGCCAAGAAGAAGUGGUCAAGGCAACAGCCAAGGCUGACUACAGAACAGCCAUAUUCCACUUGGAUCGAGCGUUAGAUCUGGCUGUUGGAUGCCGAAACUUGAAAAUUACGAAAGCAGAAUAUCUUGUGUUCUUGCAACGCUAUGCUGAUGCACAGGAAAUGGUCAAUGAGAUUCUACAGUAUGAGAGUGGAAAUGCAGAUGCGAUAUAUGUGAGAGGGAUGUGCCUGUACUACCAGGAUAAUCCCGAAGCUGCCUUCAAUCAUUUCCAACAUGUUUUACGCCUAGCUCCUGAUCACCAGAAGGCUCGUGAUGUUUAUAAGAAAGCAAAGCUAUUGAAACAGAAGAAAGAAGAGGGCAAUGAUGCAUUCAAAAAGGGCAACUUCCUGGAGGCCUUUAAUUUAUAUACCGAGGCUCUCGCCAUUGAUCCUCUCAAUAAACAUACCAAUGCCAAGCUGUACUUUAACCGGGCUACAGUGGGUUCCAAGAUAAAUAAACUUGAGCAAGCCACAGAAGACUGCACUGCAGCUAUUAACCUUGAUGAGGGCUAUGUGAAAGCAUAUCUUCGGCGAGCAAAAUGUUAUCAAUUGUUAGAAAAACAUGAAGAAGCUGUCAGAGAUUAUGAAAAAGUUACACGUCUAGAUCGUAAUCAGGGUAAGUAUAUUAAUAACUUGGCAGGUAUUACACUCUAUUGCUGUUCCUUACACUUUUUAGUGUAUGGGGCAGGAGUUUUGUGCACUUGGAAUGUCCCCGAACACUUCUCUGGAGUGUUCGGGAACAUGUCUUCAGAGGACUGUCACCUCACCACCACAAGUGAGUUGAUGGCAUUAGUGCAUCAUCCAGGUGAGAGAAAGAUGGCAUUAGUGCAUCAUCCAGGUGAGAGAAAGAUGGCAUUAGUGCAUCAUCCAGGUGAGAGAAAGAUGGCAUUAGUGCAUCAUCCAGAUCGCCAUGCUAAUGCCAGUGAUAAGGAUAAACAUGAACAUGAAAUCAAAUUCAAGGAGAUAGGAGAAGCAUACUCAGUUUUGACCGAUGCCAAAAAGCGGGCUAUGUAUGACAGAGGACAAGACAUCAACGAUCCUGAAGGAGGCUUUGGACAUGAUGACAUUGAUCCCAACCAAAUAUUCCAAGCCUUCUUUGGUGGAGGGCAUGGAGGGUACAGCUUUGGUGGCCAUAAUGCAGGCUUCCAGCAAGCUGGCUUUCCAGGAAAUGGCUUUGGAGGUGGUGGAUUCCCUGGUGGAUUCCACUUCCAGUUCGGCUAAAAACAAAAUGGCAAAUCUUUCAAGACACUGUCUGGAUAGUGGUAACGUGGAGCUAAGAAUAAAGUUGUGGUGUUUGAAAAUGGAAAAAAUUGUGCGGUGUUGUAAAUUUAAAUAUGAAAACUAUCAAAUUAUUGCCCAAAUAUAUUUCCUUUGGAUAUUGCUAGAAUAAAGUGUUAUCCUCUUAAAAAAAUAAUAUAUAUAUAUAUAUAUAUAUAUAUAUAUAUAUAUAUAUAUAUAUAUAUAUAUAUAUAUAUAUAUAUAUAUAUAUAUAUAUAUAUAUAUAUAUAUAUAUAUAUUUAAAGUAAAUAAUAUAAUGUAUAAAGAGGAUGGACUAAGCUACUUUGAUAUGUAGAUUAUUAUACUAUCAUUUAUUAAGAGGAAAUUUAAUUACUAAAAUCCAAUUUUUUCUACAAAGUAGUAGUAUUUUUGUCUUUUGAAAGUUAUUUAAGAUGAACAUGCUAUUCAUAUUUUAGUUCCUAUUCCUGGUACAUUAUAAAACUUACUAAGAAGCUUUUACGUCAUUCUUAAAAUUGGGUAAAAUGGUUAAGGCACCAAGUGAUUUAAUCUGAAUAUUUGUAAUUUAUUAAGAUAUUGGAAUUAGUUUUGUAAUAUAUGGUCAUUCUAUUUUUUUUAAUUCAUUGUACUGCAUUAUCACCAUAUUAAAAAUACUCAUGUGUAUGUAUGUGUGUGUAUGUAAAUAUGUAUAUACUGUAUAUGUAUAUAUAUAUAUAUAUAUAUAUAUAUAUAUAUAUAUAAUAUAUGCAUUCAUAUAUACACAUAUAUUUCCAUCUCCAUUUGUAAGAGCCAUUCUUUGCCUCUUGGGCACAAGUUUAACCCUCCUGGAGGUUGCUGAUUGAUAUUUUUAUUUUAUUUUUUAUUUUCUUCCUUACCCCAAGUUUCACCAAAAAUAUUUUUGUCCAUGUCACUUUCUUACAGAACAUUAUGAUUAAUAACCACGUGUCUUGUAGUUAAAUUUGAUUUUUAACUAGAAAAAUGCAAGAUUUAUUUAAUGUCAAUGUUAUUGACCACAUGUUGGUUGAAUUGGCUAUUCUAGAUUACUUAUUUGCCUCGCAGAUGUGCAGUUCAUCAAACAAGUGACAUUUCUGAAUAGGCAAAUUGUAUUGCGGUGUUGCUGUGGCCAUGGUUCGGCACUCGCGCUGCUGCUUUCAAGUAAUUGAGACCUGUCAUACUUAUUUCUGUAUAUUUCAGCCUAUAAUGUAAAUUGCCUCAUUUGUCCAUUAAUAAAUUUUUGCCAGUUUAGUGAGAAAUACAUUUAAUACAGGACUAUAGGGAGCAAACAAUUGUAUAUCCAACAGAUCCCCAGCAUGCAGCAGUUUGAGUACUAGUGACAUAUGCUUGUUGGAUACACACUAUGACUGACUUCCUAGAUUCUACAUUUUUUUUUAAUGCAAGGUUGAACUUGAGUAACUUUUUUAUAUAUGCUUAAUUUUAUAUAUCAUAAAAUUUUUGUAUGUGUUGAAAAUGACUAGAUUUACUUCAACCUUGAUAACUUACAAAAUUUUGUGAUGGUUCACAUGUUUACAGUCUCAUAUAUGUUAAAACGGCAAUAAAUGUUAUAGCAAUAUACUGAAUUGUCCGUCAUAAUAUUUAAGUGCAAAAGAAGAGUAAAUUAUGAUUUUCGUAUUUUUUUCUUUUUAUUACAGUGUGACAUUUGACAUCAGUAAAUAUAAUCAGCAGUGUAUAUUAUACACCGGGAAACUUGUGUGUGCAUUACAUUAUAUUGAAAAUAAAGAUCGAAGUAUA